UUGCUCGUAAUUCCUUGGAACGAUGCACGAUGAACGUCCUUCCACCGAUUUCAUCCGGAUUCGUUAGGCAACUUUCUUCAUGGAAUUGUUACAUUUCUUCAUUUUUGUUCGUGCAACGAGCUCAAUGAAAAUCCAAAGUGCACGUAGUGCACGUAAAAUAGAAUUUUGAGAAGAUUCAUGCGCGUUAGCGCAGCGUAUGGAAAAAUUGGGUCGAUGUGCGAAAGAUGGCGACCACUGCGUGGUGUGUGUGAGAAAGAUUCGUACUUGGUAAAUUUCGCCAAAACAUGAGAAAAUAUGGAAAAACCGAUGCACACGUGUACUCCGCUACUAUAUGCGAAAGGUUCAUAGUAUGUUUAUGAAUAUUCAGAUUCUAUGUUUCCUGUUCGCGUGAGGGACGUUUGUUUACGGAAAAGUUUGUAUAAUACUUCAACGCGAAGUGAAGUGUUGUAAGGGAAAAAAGAGACCCUAACUUGGACGAGACUGGAGAUAAAGUGUUGCCGGACUUCGGCCCGGUGAGAAGAUCAGUAGAGAUGCUGAAACAAUUGCAGAUGGGGAUGAGAGCUUUCCUCUUGAUGGCCUCCCGUGUGUGGACAUGCGUCUGCUUUCUCCUCAAGAAGCAGGUUAGAGCCAUAUCACAAAUGCAACCUGUUAAAUAUGAGAUGUUCCCAUUAUCUCCACUGUCAAGGCAUAGGCUUAGUAUAGUUAAAAGAAAAGUAUUAGUAUUGGAUUUAGAUGAAACAUUAAUUCAUUCUCAUCAUGACGGAGUAGCAAGGCCCACAGUCAGGCCUGGUACACCUCCAGAUUUUAUUCUUAAAGUGACAAUAGACAGACAUCCAGUCAGGUUUUUUGUUCAUAAAAGACCACAUGUAGACUUCUUUUUAGACAUCGUUAGUCAGUGGUAUGAACUAGUGGUCUUCACUGCUUCCAUGGAAAUCUAUGGAGCAGCUGUUGCAGAUAAGUUAGAUAACAACAGGGGUAUUUUAAGGCGCAGAUAUUAUAGACAACAUUGUACACCAGAAAUGGGUUCCUAUACUAAAGAUCUGUCUGCAAUUUGUUCAGAUCUAGCAUCAGUCUUUAUACUUGAUAACAGCCCAGGAGCCUACAGAGCUUAUCCACAUAACGCAAUACCAAUAAAGUCAUGGUUUAGCGACGCGGGAGACACUGCUUUAUUAAGUUUACUUCCAGUUUUGGAUGCGCUUCGUUUCACGCAAGACGUGCGGUCCGUUCUUUCAAGAAAUUUACAUUUAGAUCAUACUUGGUAGCAUAGUCUGGAUUAAUUGAUACAUUAGAUUUAUUAGAGAUUGAACUACAAAACAGAUUAGCGUGUUUAACCUAGGAUUAUUAUUGUUACUGAUAAUAGACGUUAGGAUGCUGCCUGAAUUAUGAGACAAUGAUCCCUUUGACCCUGUCCUCAUUUUCUACGCUCGUUAAAAACGGAACCAUAGCGAGUAAGUUUCAAAAGGGAGUGGGACCUUCAACCAAACUAUUUAUGUCAGCACAAAACAUCGUGGAAUAUUUUCGUUACGUUCAUGUGUGGGCAAUAAUAUAUACGUGUAUGUAUAUAAUACACACACAUACACACAUUACACACACACACAAACUAAACACAGACACACACACAGGACAUAUGUGUAUCAUGUUUUCUUAAAAAUAAUGUAUUUGCCAAAGAUCGUGAUUUCGAAGUAACAUAGAUUUAUAUAUAUCUCUCUCCAAAUAAUUUUGUUCUAAGUAAAACUAUAUUGAACAUUUUAAGUACUUUUGCCACACAUGAUAAAGAAAGGUGUUAUAUUUUUUGAACGAAUUAUUUCUGUUAUAUAUAAUAUUAUUAAACCUAGGAUAUAGUGUAACAAGGAGAAAAAAAACGAAAGAAAAGAAAAUAUACUAAGUCACUUUAAGCGGACUUCGCUGUCACUCACUGUAUCAGUGAGGCAGCUAUCCUGAUUAUACCUAAUAAUAAAAGGAAGUAUUAAAAAAAUUACAAAGAGGCGAUUUGAUUUCAUCGGAUUUUUGAAAAAGAUUAAAACUUAUUUAAAAUACGAUGUGCGACGUGUUAAUACGUUGAAACAUAGGCGAAUAAAGUUACAGUAAAAAAAAAAAUGUAAUCAUAUGAAUAGCUGUAUACUUUGUUCGAUUGUUUAAUCAUCAAAAAGUACUAGUAAUUAUUAUACGACUUGUAUAUACUACGAUGAGGAAUGUAUUUGUUGUAAGGAAAUAUUGAUUUGCGUGAAUGAACAGUGUAAUUAAAUCAUCGAACAUGAUUUUUUCCUAAUAUUUAUAUAUGCAUAUAUACACGUAUGUAUAUACAUAUAUAUAAAUGUUAACUUUACUUAAUUCUGAAAACUUGAUUGGGAUGCCCAUGUGCGUAAGAAAAGAAUCUGUUCUCAAAUAAAUUGUAUGCAAUUGAGAACAUUUGUUUAUUUAUUGACAUGCAUCAAAGGAAGUUGCUCACGUGGACUUAAAUUACUAAUUGUAAUUUUGUCCCAAAAGAAGAUUUGCAAUGGGUAAUAGAUACGGAAUAGCGCAGGAUUAUACCGAACCCAAUAGAAAUAACGUCUUUCUGUACAUAAUACGUCUGUAUGUACUUGUAUGUAUGUAUGUCUUGCUGUCACAUACAUGCAAUUAUAUGUAUAUGUCAAGAAAAUACUAAUUUUUUAAUUUCAAAUAUUAUAUAGUGCAAAAAUAAAAAACGCAAACGAUCCGUUUUAUAAGUAUAGUUUAUGGCUUAAUGUGAUUUUGUGUAUCGCGAUUGUCUUUUUUAAAUUUAAGUACAGAUUAAAAAGAUGUACAUACUUAGUUUGUAAAGAUAGUAUGUAUCUUUGGUUUGUAUACCCUUCCUAGUACAUUGUUAAAUAUUUUUACCAGAUUAUUUCUGUUAUGUAAUAGAUAAUAUCGAACAGCAAUGUGUGCUAGCAUUAUGAUGGAUAUUAAAAGAACGUUCUUAUUUCGUA